CUCCCUGUGACUCAGUCACUUUUCCCUGGGUUUUCUUUCCAACGCAGGUGGAGGAUUAGACCAAUUAGACGAUUACUUACAGGUGUGACAUUUAGUCUGGAACGUUGUCGUCCUGCUGUGGUCUACUCAUGCUAGCUGUUUCAGGUGGGAUUAUUAGAAAUUAUUUUAGGGAAUUACUGAAGCGUACACUUGAGGGAAAACACACGUUGAAUAACGGAUACUUCUUCGAACUUUUUUUUUUUUUUUUGUCGCCACCAUUUUUUAAAAUUUUUAUAGCCCAGGAAACCCGAUUUCCGGUUUGCCUCCGAAGUACUGCAUGCAUCUUGACGCAGCGUACCGCCGCGCCGUUGGUCGACGGGAUAACCAGAGGAAGGCAGAGGGACCGGAGUCGAACGUCUGACAGACUCAGACGAGCUGCUAUUGUGUAACGCGGGCCUUUGCUUUUUUUGUUAUCAGUCGAGGCUGCAACUGCAGCGAGGAGGAAAUAGAAGAGGAGGAGAAGAAGGAGGAGGAGCAGGUGGAGGAGCGGCUGCUGCUGUUCUCCUCAUUGUUCUUGUUUGGAGCUCCCACCGGGAGUGGAGGUACUGACGGAGCGGAGCGGAGCUCGCAUCGGCCGCUGGCGGAGGAACCUGCACAUGUAGUAACUGUGUGUUUUUCACCGCUGUGAGACGGCUGGGGGACGGACAGAAGGAGUGUGGAGACCAGCACCUGGAAAUCCAAGCUAGAAUAAUUCAUUCACAUACAACAGUAAUAGGUGGUAUGAAGGUGCGGCUGAUUUAGUGGAAUCCAUUUCAGAGGAAGGGAAGGACAAGGGUGAUGCAGCAGGAGAGGUGGAGGAGGAGGAGGCCCAGACUGAUGAUUUUAUGAUUCCAGCAUCCAUCACAGACCUGGAGCAUCAUCGGCGAGGAGAAGACAAACUGCACACUGACCUGGAAUCUGUUCGUGGUUUGGCUAUUUACCGAUGUGUGUGAGGAGCAGGAGGUGAAUCUGUGUUUUGACAACAUUGAUUUUAAUUCCACACACACCAUCACAUAUUCAGAUUUAGGCCGAUGUUGUGAGUGUGUGUGACGCCAGCAGAGCAGAGCAGCAGCAGCAGCACAGAAGCGCGCAUGUGUAUGGAGACGCGCCUGCAUGUCUGAGCAUCAUCUGGUUUCCUCACAGCCUUCUUCCUCCACGGGGAUGAUACACGCGCGAUUGUUCCACAUCCGCAGGUGAACCAAGAGAAGAAUCAGACAUGAUGCUGACGCUGCUGCUGCCAUUUCCUGUCCGCCUCUGAUAGAGAGACCAAGGCGCGGAGCGGAGCACGGCACUGGACAGCAAAAAAAUCUCUCCCCUCACCUCUCCUUCGCACCUCCUUUUCCCCCAUCAUCUCUCGCCUCCCCCCCUUCCCUAACCGAUCCUCCUCACCAUUGCUAGUGAUCCGGAGAGCUACCCACUCCUCCAUCCUUCCUUACCCUCUCUUCACCCUCCUUAACGCCUCUUAACGCACUUACACGCGCAAGGCCCUCUUACGCACAAGCACGCACGGACGCCGUGUACACAGCCAUCAUGGAGACGACCAAGCUGCCUCCGUCCAGUCCGUCUUCACCCACCACCAGCUUCUCGGUGCCGUCUGCGGAGAAGGUGGAUGGCUUUCCUCGGAGGUCCAUGCGCAGGGCCCGGCAGAGGAGGUCCCACAGCUCGUCCCAGUUCCGGUACCAGAGCUCCCAGGUGGAGCUUACACCACUGCCCCUGCUCAAAGAUGCCCCGGUGGCGGAGUUACACGACCUUUUCUGCAAGAAGCUGCAGCAGUGCUGCGUGCUGUUUGAUUUCCUGGACUGCGUUGCAGACCUGAAGGGAAAGGAGAUCAAACGUGCGGCGCUGAACGAGCUGGUCGAGAGUGUGGCCACCAGCAGAGGAGUCCUCAUAGAGCCUCUGUACCCAGAGGCUAUAAAGAUGAUCUCUGUGAACAUCUUUCGGACUCUGCCUCCCAGUGAGAAUCCGGAAUUUGACCCUGAGGAAGAUGAACCAACACUUGAAGCCUCCUGGCCUCAUCUGCAGCUGGUGUAUGAGUUUUUCCUGCGUUUCCUGGAGAGUCCGGACUUCCAGCCCUCUAUGGCCAAACGUUACGUGGACCAGAAGUUUGUCCUACAGCUCCUGGAGCUGUUUGACAGCGAGGACCCCAGGGAGCGGGAGUACUUAAAGACCAUCCUGCACCGUGUCUAUGGAAAACUACUGGGUCUCAGAGCCUACAUCCGCAAACAAAUCAACAACAUUUUCCUCAGGUUCAUUUACGAAACUGAGCACUUCAAUGGAGUCGCGGAGCUGCUGGAAAUCCUCGGCAGCAUCAUCAAUGGAUUUGCUCUGCCCCUGAAGGCGGAACACAAGCAGUUCCUGGUUCGAGUCCUCAUCCCGCUGCACACAGCAAAGUCUCUCUCCAUUUUCCACGCACAGCUGGCCUACUGUGUGGUGCAGUUCAUGGAGAAAGAUGCGACAGUCACUGAAUAUAUUAUCAGAGGGCUGCUUAAGUACUGGCCAAAAACCUGCACGCAGAAAGAGGUGAUGUUCCUGGGGGAGAUCGAGGAGAUCCUGGACGUGAUUGAACCCUCUCAGUUCAUCAGGGUCCAGGAGCCGCUCUUCAAAGAGAUCGCAGCCUGUAUCUCCAGCCCUCAUUUCCAGGUAGCGGAGCGGGCUCUUUACUUCUGGAACAACGAAUACAUCCUCAGUCUGAUAGAAGAGAACUGUCAAGUCAUCCUGCCUCUGGUCUUUGCCACGCUCUACAGAGUCUCCAAGGAGCACUGGAACCAGACCAUCGUGUCUCUGAUCUACAACGUGCUGAAGACCUUCAUGGAGAUGAACAGCAAGCUGUUUGAUGACCUCACUGCCUCCUACAAAGUGGAGAAGCAGAAGGAGAUGAAGAGAGAAAGGGAGCGAGCAGAGCUGUGGCGAGGUCUGGAGGAGUACCAAGACCGUCGCAUGCAGAUGCUCACCGAGGCUGCCAGGAACCAACGCAACCUCCAGGAGCGAGGAGAACGAGGGGACCCGCCCACACCUUCAUCCCCGCAGACGGCUCACUCCAACCAGUCUGAGCCCAAAGCGUGCGGGGCCUCCUCUGGAGCUGGGGAGAGCGCCACCUAGGUGCUGCUCUUCUGCAUUCGGUUAACACAGGGGUUAAGGGACAAGAAGAAGGCAUGGCAUUGGUGGUGUAAUUGCUGGGAGACAGAGAUAGAGAGGUACAACAUUCUUUUAACCUUGUAUCAUGGAGGAGGUGGCUUUUAAAUCUAAAAGCACAGACUCGUUGAUCCAAGGUAAAAAAAAAAAGAGAAAACAAAUAUCACCUUUUAGCAGAGAGAUUUGUGUGAAACUGGUUUACUUUUUUUUUUUUUUGCUGUACACGUCUUACGUUGCAGAUCAGAAGAUAAAUAUUGACCGUCAGUGCAGACUGUUUAACUGUCUAUUUAACUGCAGGUCAGUACUUAAAAGCUGCUCUGCCUCUAGAUAAGAGAUGAAAUUUCUCUUUUGGUGCAAAACUGUCAAGUUUAUCAUGUGUCCAAGUUGUUUCACUCUGCAUUUUAUCAACCUGAGUCUGUACUGUGGCUCGGUAUUCAUCUUUUGGUCACAGAUGCUCGGUUCAUGCGUGGAUAGCACAACACUUUAUUGACAAAAAGAAGCAAUUUCACACAAAAGGUUCCCAAUAUUAUCGCUGUACACACACACACACACACACGUAUUAUCUGUAAAUAUGAGAAAACAGAACAACUCAGAGUUUAUCCAAUUCAAACUAAUGUAACACAACAACAAUGAGUAAUUGAUGCACCAACAUUUAAAAAAAAAAAACCCACAAACACACACACGUAUACAUACACGCACACACACACAGCUGGUUCUGGCGCUAACUCUACUCCCAUUCUGUCUGGUCCCACACGACAAGAACGAUCUAAAGUCCCUCCAGGUUAAAUAACCAAGGAUAAAGAUGAUGACGACAUGAAGUACAAUAAUGUUCCUUCUUCUUACUUGUUACUCUACUACUACUACUCUACUCUACUCUAAGUACUACUGAUGAUGAUGAUAAUGUUUUUAUAUAUAUAAAUAUAUAUAUACAUAUGUCUCUGGAUAUUUCUGUAGUGUACAAUGAAAGAACACUAGUGUAGCAGGUUCCAUAAAGGGGAAGUCUGUAAUCACAUCACCCAAGGUGGAGCUGUGUGAGGCCGUAGUGUGAGCGCUGAACUUCAGCUGGAGUACUGUAGUCUUUAGCAGACCUUACGGAGGGGGAGGAAACAACUGGAACUUCGGCGGUGGCUUUUCUCUCAUUUUAAAAUACACAUUUUUAAAAACAUCUAUGUAAUAUUUAAAAGUAAUCUGUGUCAUUGGUUGAAAGGGGAUAAAGUCAUUUUGACAUAUUCCCACAACAUCACAUGUUGUACAACGUUCACCUAGCCCCUGCAGAUGACUUUAAUACAUUUCCAAACAAUUGCAAAGCUAAUUUGAAAAUAGUUAGAAGCUAAUUAGAAAAUAGCUUCAGUGUAUUCGCUCUUGACAACUGAAAAACAUAACAGCCAUGCAGUUUAAAAAAUCCAAAUAAUAAUGAAUAAAAAGGGACGAGGGAUAAAAGAAAGAGAUAACGUAAUAUUUAGACACCAGACAAUAAAACACCCUGUCACAAAAACUGACAAAAACUUUUAUUUGCAUAUUGGCGAAAAUAUUCCAGCUUUUCCCAUUUACAUCAGUAUACUUCCAAAUCCAUUAGGUAACCACUGUUCAGUGCCACCCUUUGCCAGUCUGAAAUUAUACAUGUUUAAUUUUAAGCGUGGUUUUGUGCAAUACAUACAGAGUGUCAUAUUUUUUAUUUUUUCUGGGUCCCAGUUUUUAAGUUUUAUUAUUAAUGAAAACACUGUAUUCCAAGAGAAAAGUGCCAAAAUUCCAGUUGGCCUUCUGAUCCCACGCCAUCUGUUCCUAAAGGCUCAGCUGAUCUGGUGCUGCCAGAUCAGCAUCAUGAUGAUGAUGAUGAUGAUGAUGAUGAUGAUGAUAAUAACCAACAAAGAUCUGUUUAUUCUUGUCUGAUUCCUAUAAUUGAGUGACAGCAUAAAGAGACGGUGAAAAAAAAUAGAAAAAAAAAUUAGCAAUAUUUUCAUUCUUUCAGGAUAAUCUGUGUUUUUAAACGUGGGUGUCACACUCAAAAGUUACCCACACUCUUGUUUUUACUCCUGUUGCGUCCUUGAUAUUCACAUUGUCUUAAAGGUACUUUCUGUGUACAUUUAUUUAAUGAAAAAUGAUUUUUGUUUUUGCUUUGUAUUUAUGUUGUUUACUUUCUUGGGUUUUGUAUAAUCUUGUUCAUUUUUGUGGAAAACUGAUACUGAUGCUAUUUAUUUUCUAUUUGAUCAGGAAAUGUAACUUUAUUUGAAGAUGACGGUAAGGUUGUGUGUGCGCGGAUGUUUGUGUGUGUGUGUGUGAGCAGUGAGUGAAAAAGCAAAUUGGAAAUGUGUAAGGACUGAGUGUCAGAACGAGGGAAAACACUUCUCUCUCGAUCCUUGUCUCCUUCCAGAAGGACAGGGUUUGGAUCUGAAUGUAUCGUAAAACAAAACGAUUGUUUUUUUUUCUUACGCUUGAUGCGCAGAGAUACUUACUGCCUGCUUCAGAACCAAACAUUCAGAAACUUUUCAGACCAGCAGUUUUUCCCGAAAAUCACCUACUUUACAUUAUGCCUGAGUCAACAAUGCUCUGAAAUCCAUUUAGCUGUAAUGUUUACAUGUAUUUUUUUUAGUCAGAGUGACACACAAAUAUACACGCGCUAUAUUUACAAUUUGUUCCACAUAAACCAAUUUACAUUUCUUCACUUGGUUCUGCAACAAAUGCAAAAUCAACUGCAGUGACUAUUUUGUAAUUAAAUAAUUUGAAUUUGUAACGAGCAAUGUAUUCUCACUUUUAUGCUCCAAAAAUGUAGUUUUUAUGCAGGAAGAGUCAGGAGGUGACAUGUCAUUCGAUCAUAAAAUGGUACUGCAUUUUGUUAGACUGGAGCAGUGGUUCUCAAAGUGCAAGAUUUGUUUCCCUAAGGGGGCGCCAGAGUUAGAGUUGGAGAAGGGAAGGAAACAAAGAGUUGAGUGCAGGAGAACAUGUAAACUGGCUAACUUACAUGGGAAGAAACAGCAUGAUCAUGAUUAUAUUCAUUUCCCAGUUCUUGUCUGCUUUCACCUGUCUGCUGACACCUGGUCUGUCCUAGUACCAUCACUGUAUACAAUUUAUAGUUUUCAUUGGUUUAUUUGUGCGUGUAGUGAUAGCUUAGUGAAAACAGUGGCUUAUUACUUGUGCAGACCCCAUGAAGUGACUCAGCUGCAAAUUCAGUUAGACUGGAUUUCAAGUGUUGUUUUGACUCGGGCAAAUCAAAAUAGACCCAACCUUGCUGUCAUAAACUGAGCUUGAGAUUUUAUGAUUAUUUUUAUUUGAUUUGCUUGUUCACUAAAACCACAUGAUUGUCACUGAAUUCUGCCAGUAGAUGCUGGUCCAACCUUUCUAAACAUCCCAAUGACCAUUUAAAUUGAUCAGUGGUAUUGAUCAGUUGGAAUACAGCUUUUCAUCACAGACCUGCUCGAGAACUUGAGUGAGAGCACGAGAGGAGAGUGUUGGUAGAGAACAGGGAAUGGUCGCACAGACAGCCAUCAGGAGCUGCCUUCACGGUCACAUCUCCUCCAUGUGGUCACUUUGACCAUAUACAAACCAAUGCUUUAAAUCAUACCGGAGGUGUGAGUGGAGCUGGUGAACACAGCCAGCCUGGAUACUAAAAGUAAAAAUACAGGAGCAGGACAAGAAAAGAAAAGACAUAGAGAUAGAUGAUAUAGAAUGGCAAUAAGUCAGAGCAGUAGUAACAGUGAAAAUAUGAUGUUAUUAAAAACCUUCAACCGCAUAACGUAGCAAUUUCACUCAGUUUCUAGAUUUGCACUGUUUGCCCAAUGGUCUGUGUUUGUUGUGCUGAAGAAAAACCUUAGAGAUGAUGCGAAAGAUGAGGCAGAAAACGAAGAAGAUGAUGUAUAUUUUGGGGACCAACACAGUGGUAGGGGGUUUGAAUGUAGAGAGGCUUACUACUGUAUGUAUCAUUACAGUGGGUGUAGAAUGGAAGAAAAAAAAUAUGUGCUAAUGAAAAUGAAACUUCACUUUGAGAAAAACUA